UAUUGUUGCGACUAUGUCCAUGAACAGUGAUUGAAAAUUUUGUCCGCUCUAGAAUCUGCGCCUUCAUCUCCAGCUACACCUCGACCGGAGCGAAUGUCGGUGGAGCCGACUUCAGCGAAAGCAGAGAACAACACCGACAGCAACGCGGACAUCGAUACCGCCAAGGCGAUCUGUGAACUGUGUCAUGUGGGUGGACACCUUGACAAGAUGCUUAUUUGCGAUGGAUGCGAGCUUGGACACCAUACCUUCUGUCUCAACCCACCGUUGCUGCAUGUCCCCAAGACGGACUGGUAUUGCCCCAAAUGUCUAAUUGCUGGCGAGGAUUUUGGAUUCGAGGAAGGCGAGGAGUAUUCACUUAGCUCCUUCCAGCAAAAGUGCAACGCCUUUAAAAAGGAGUGGUUUGAAAACCAAGGAUAUAAGGACGAUGAGGUUCCAGAGGAUGUAGUCGAGCGGGAGUUCUGGAGACUUGUCGAAAAUGCGUUCGAAACGGUGGAGGUCGAGUAUGGCGCAGACCUCCACUCUUCGCAGCACGGCAGUGGGUUCCCGAUGCGAACGCGUGAUCCGUUGAACGAGUACUCGACUGAUCCGUCCAACCUGAACAACAUGCCGACGCUUCCACAGUCGCUCUUCCGUCAUAUCAAAUCAGACAUCUCAGGCAUGAUGAUCCCUUGGCUCUAUGUCGGCAUGUGCUUCUCGACGUUCUGCUGGCACAACGAGGAUCAUUACACAUAUUCGAUCAACUAUAUGCAUUGGGGCGAAACCAAGACCUGGUAUGGCAUCCCCGCCUCAGACGCUACCAAAUUUGAGGACACGAUGAGGCAGUCCGUUCCUGAGCUGUUUGAGCAGCAGCCUGACCUUCUUUUCCAGCUCGUGACGAUGCUCUCACCUGGAAGACUGGUGGAAAAUGGUGUUAAGGUCCUGGCACUGGACCAAAGACCCGGCCAGUUCGUCGUGACCUUUCCCCAAGCUUACCACGCUGGAUUUAACCAUGGGUUCAACUUUGCGGAGGCGGUCAACUUUGCGCCACCAGACUGGUGCCAAUUUGGAAUCGAAUGUGCACUGCGAUACAAGGCUCACAAAAAGCACCCCGUCUUUUCUCAUGAUGAGCUCAUCAUCACGACGGCACUCAAGGACGGCAACAUCCCCGAGACAGCGCAAUGGCUACAAUACGAGAUGAAGGAGCUGCUCGAACGCGAGAUGGCCCAGCGAAGACGCACAUUGGCUCAGUAUCCGUUUAUGCGCGUGGUUCUGGAAGAGGUGGAUCGACCCGAGGAGGAAGUUCAGUGCAUGUACUGCAAUUCGUAUGUUUAUCUGUCCCAGGUUGCCUGCAGCUGUGGACCGAAGGUUACGUGCGGCGAUCAUAUUACAGAGCUUUGUGAAUGCGAUAUGAAGGAGCGGUUCUUGAGGGUACGAUUCUCGGACACAGAACUCGAGGAGAUGACCCAGCGUAUUGCCAUAACGGCGGCAAACACCUAAGGAGAAGCAAUAAACUUUCUGGGGUGAAUUGUGUGCAUCCCGCCAUCAGCGGAUGGGCAGUGGAGGAGCAAGGCUAGGGUUGAAGACAUGGAAGGGCUUCAAAUAUAAUACCAAAAACGAGGACAGGUCACCGCCUGUUUCUUUAUUUUUCUUUUCUUCGUCUUCUUUUCUUCUACUUUUUUUUCUUCGUCAUCGUCUC